AUGUCCUACUCAAAUUAUGCGUUUGGACGUUUGACAAGAUACACGUUAAAAGUUCAUAAUGCGAUAAAGUCUGCGUGUGUUUGCUCAAACUCUCUGCAACGAAUUUUAAAUAAAAGAUUUAUUCGUUUGGAUAUAAGAAAUCAAGUUACACAAGCAGAUAAUUUAGCUUUACGAGAAUUGAGACCGUAUCAAAAAGAAUGUAUUGAAACCUGUCUUAGCAAGUUUCUUGAUCAUAAAAUUAACCGUCAAGUUGUCUCGUUACCCGUAGGAAGUGGAAAAACUGUUAUAUUUUCAAAUUUAAUUAAGCAAAUUCCAUCUCCUUUUCCCGGUGCUGAUAAAGUUCUUGUACUUGCUCAUAGAGAAGAAUUACUUGAUCAGGCAUAUAAGCAAAUUUCAAAAUAUUCGAAUUUGUCAAUUGAAAUAGAUCAAGGUGGAAGAAUCGCAAAAGGAAAUGCAAAUGUUAUCAUUGGUAGCAUGCAUACACUUGGGAAGACUGAAACAAUUCGUAUUGAAAAAUAUAAUCCUGCGCACUUUAAAGCUAUUAUAAUUGAUGAAGCUCAUCAUGCUACCGCGGCUUCUUACCGUCGAAUCUUGGAGUAUUUUGGCGCCAAUAAGAAAGAAACUCAUUUGUUUGUUUGGGGAUGUUCUGCCACAGUUCGAAGAUAUGAUGGAUUGGCACUAAAAGAUAUAUUUGACGAAAUUACAUAUCAUAAGGAUUUCUUGGAUAUGAUUCAGGAGAAAUGGCUGUGCAAUCUCAGAGUAACUACAAUAAAAACCGACGUUGAUUUAUCCAAAGUUAAAAGCUCUAGUGAAGAUUUUAUUAUGAAUGAUCUUUCCAAAUAUCUCAAUGUGGAAUCACGUAAUGAUGUUAUUGUGCGCACAUAUCUUGAACUGGCAGCACAAAGAACAUCUACGCUGGUUUUUGGAAUAGAUAUUAGCCAUGUUGAAAGUUUGACGGAAAUGUUUAGAAAACGUGGAGUUAUGGCUCACGGUAUAAGUAGCAAAACAAAGCCUCAUAUUCGAGCAACGAUAUUAAAAGAAUUUAAAGAGAGAAAAUUCCCUGUUUUAGUCAAUUGUGGUAUAUUAACUGAAGGCACUGAUAUACCAAACAUCGACUGCAUAAUAUUGAGUAGGCCAACCAAAUCACCCGUACUCUUUCAACAAAUGAUUGGACGCGGGAUGCGCCUUUCUCCUGAAAAAGAUGAUUGUCUAGUAUUAGAUUUUAUCGAUUCGUAUAGUCAAAUUCCCGAUUUAGCCACAACUCCAACUUUACUAGGAUUAGAUCCUACAGUAGAACUUAAAGAUGAGAAUUUUUGUGAAUAUGACAAAGAAAAACCUGAAAAGGAAAAACCUAAAAUAAUAAUAAAUGCGCCGACAAAGAUUCGUAUAACAGAAUAUAGUAAUCCUUUUGAAAUUAUUGAUGAAUGCUCAGGAGCACAGCAUAUUCAAAAAUUUUCCGAUAAUGCAUGGCUUAGAAUUGGAGAAGACUCAUAUGUCUUAUCAUUACAAUUCUAUGGGACAUUAAAAAUAGUAAAAGAAAAUGAAAUAUAUUAUGUUACACAUAAAAAGAGAGAAUAUCCAAGGCAUAUAACCAAGUUACCUAUUACAAGUGAUUCAUUAGAAUCCAUGAUACACGCUUGUGAUAAAUGGAUUAAAGCUACAUAUGGGUUAAAGUAUGCUCAUAUUGUAGCUUCACGAUUUGCUAAAUGGCCGUUUGAAGAAAGGUCAAGCAUCAAACUUGAUGACAAAGGCGAUUGA